GUGUGGUAUACAAUUGGGCGGGCGAUAGUCGAUAGAAGAGCAAAUUGGGAGCGUUGGCAUGGUGCUAUGAAUUCAUGGCCUCCUCUUUCUCUUCCCUCCUUCUCCUUCAAUCCCUUUCCAGAUGCUUCUGCUUCCUUCGCCCACCACCUGCUCAUCACUUGCGCCCUUCUCUCCACUUCCUUCCGAUAACAUCCCCAAAGGGACACUCUACUCUAUCGGCCUCGGGACUUGCUCACGACAGUGGAGAUUUGCUGAUUGAUUCCGGGAAGCGUGAAGAGAACACAGUAGAUACAAACACUUCAAAUUCAAAGGGUAGAAUAAUGCUCAUUGACGGCACAUCCAUCAUCUAUAGAUCUUACUACAAGCUUCUCGCCAAGUUACACCAUGGCCAACUGACACAUGCCGAUGGAAAUGGAGAUUGGGUGCUCACAAUAUUUACUGCGCUUUCUCUUAUAAUUGAUGUGCUAAAGUUUGUCCCUUCCCAUGUGGCGGUGGUGUUUGACCAUGAUGGAGGUUCAUUUGGUCAAACUAGUGUUUCAUCCAAAGAAAGUGUAAGAGGAAAAGGCAUGAAUUUCCGACAUAAUUUAUACCCCGCAUACAAGAGCAAUCGACCCCCUACACCAGACACCAUUGUUCAGGGACUUCAAUACUUGAAAGCAUCUCUCAAAUCCAUGGCCAUCUCAGUGAUCGAGGUUCCAGGUGUGGAAGCUGAUGAUGUGAUUGGAACAUUGGCUGUCAAGAGUGUUAAUAAUGGUUACAAGGUACGGGUUGUCUCCCCAGACAAAGACUUUUUUCAGAUCUUAUCUCCUUCAUUGCGUCUUCUACGAAUUGCUCCGCGUGGCUUUGAGAUGGUUUCAUUUGGAAUGGAGGACUUUGCUAAAAAAUAUGGAACCUUGCAACCCUCUCAAUUUGUUGAUGUGAUGUCACUUGUUGGUGAUAAAUGUGAUAACAUUCCAGGAGUUGAUGGAAUUGGGAAUGUCCAUGCUCUGCAGCUCAUCACUAAAUUUGCCUCUUUGGAAAAUUUAUUGCAAUGUGUAGAUCAAGUUGAGGAGGAACGAAUCAGAAAGGCCUUGGUAGCAGGUGCUGAUCAGGCUAUAUUAAGCAAGAACUUGGCACUGUUACGUACUGAUAUUCCACCCUACAUGGUACCAUUUGAUACAGAUAAUUUGACGUUUAAAAAACCCAAGGAUGAUGGAGAGAAAUUCAUGAGUCUCUUGACUGCCAUUAGUGCGUAUGCGGAAGGAUUUUCUGCUGAUCCAGUUAUAAGAAGAGCAUUUUACCUAUGGAACAAACUACAAAACCAUAACCAAGUUUCCUAGCUUUGGAGUAGACGGUCUGCAGAGAAGGCCCACCAUGGGUUUUGUUUGCAUUGUUUUGAUACUUUGGUGUACUAAUUCAAACAGCUUCUGACUACCAGGGGCAUCUGAUAUAUUAUAUGAAUUCUAUUAGUUUUGUAGAUAGUCAGAUAGUUAUUACCAUCUAAGGUGCAGUUGUUGAAAGGGAAAAAGUUGAAAACUGUAUGCUGAUUUUUAUCAGUAGAGUAGCCAAAAGUAUGUCAAUCUGACUUUAGGCGUUCAAUCUGAUUAGGCAUAUGCUGAGCAGAACUCAAUUACAAGCUAGC